AUGGAGGUCGAAACGCUUCACAAGCCGACAGAAUCAACAGAGCCAAGCCACAGCCCAGACAUUACCUCCAGAGCUUCAGCCAGCAGCGCGGAGAAGGCACCUGCCACACUACAAGGCCCAUCUACCAUUGACGAGAAAGCUCUACUCAGAAAGAUAGACAUACGCGUAAUACCUAUCCUCUUCAUCGUCUACCUCGCCGCCUUUCUAGACCGCGUGAAUAUCGCCAACGCCCUCACGCUCCGUCUACCGAAAGACCUGCACCUCAAAGGCAACGAGUCCAAUGUCGCCCUCACCAUCUUCUUCGUUCCCUAUGUUCUCUUCGAGGUUCCUUCCAACAUUCUGAUGAAAAGGUUCAAACCUCAUGUCUGGCUGUCAGGCUUCUGGUACAAACGCGAAGAAUCCCAGCGACGUUUCACGGUGUUUUGGAGCUCUGUUCUGUUUGCCAGCAUGUUUGGAGGUCUACUUGCCAGUGCUAUCGCCAACAUGCAGGGUGUCCGCGGAUACAGCAGUUGGCGAUGGAUAUUCAUACUUGAGGGUAUAGCGACAAUCAUCAUCGGCAUUGGUGCGUACUUCCUGGUCGCCGACUUUCCGGCCGACGCCAGCUGGUUGAGUGCUGAAGAAAAGGAAUAUGUCAUCGCAAGGACUGGGACGGACGAGGGAGCCGCGUCUCCUAUCACGGUCCGUCAGAUCGUGUCAUUCUUUGGAAAUGUUAAGAACAUCAUCGGUGGCUUCAUGUACUUUGCCUACUCCUAUUUUGCUCCGACAAUAGUCAAGACGCUUGGCUACUCGACCGUGGAAACCCAAUUGCAUACGGUCCCACCAGCUGCCGCUGCGCUAGCCCUCUGCCUCCUUUCAGCGUACCUGUCCGACCGCCUCCGCCUCCGUUUUCCAUUCAUCUUCUUCGGCUUCUUGCUCACCAUAGUAGGCCUCGCAAUCCUACUGACAACCCACGGGGGUUUCCAUCUGCGAUACCUAGGCAUCUGUUUCGUCGCAAUGGGCUGCUUCUCCGCCGGUCCCAUAAUCGUCUGCUGGUACGUCAUGAACCUGAACGGACACAUGGAAAGAAGCAUUGGCAGCGCGUGGAUGAUUGGUUUCGGGAAUACGGGCGGGUUUGUGGCAACUUUCUGCUUCCUAGCGAAAGACGCUCCCUUUUACCACGUAGGUUAUUCGAUAUGUAUGGGAGCGACCUGCAUCGGAGCGCUGGCUGUUGUACUGUAUGCAGGGUUAGUCAUCUUGGAGAACAACGCCGCGCGGAAACGAGAUGGAAAAGAACACGCGAACAAGAUGUACCUGUAG